GAUCCAUGCAGAGAACCGCAUCUCUGAAUCAAUCACUCCACCUGGAGCCACAACUACCGCAGUUCUGAGGAUACAAUCAGACCUUUCACAGCCAUGUUCAGCGGAGGAGACAACAUCUUAGCAGCGUGAGAGAGUCUCCUGCAGCCUGUGAUCUUCUCAAACCCCUGAGAAAAGAGUGCUGCUGUCUGAUGUAGGAGCUUCUUUCCAGACCACCAUGUCUGAUCUGAGACUCAGACACCCAGCUUCAGGGGGCGGGACCAUCCAGACCUCGGUCCAGAAGAACCGACCACUGGUUCUGAAGCACCUGCAGUCCAGAAGACCUCCCCAUGCUGUCCUGUGGUAAGGUAGGUGUAAAGGAUCCUUGAUGACCGUCUCCAGCUCCAGCUCUGGUGGGAUGAGUUAGCGUCCUCCUCGAUCUUGUCCAGAUGGUGUGCAGCGAGCGAAGUUCUGGCACCUCCGUGCCCAAAAAGGAGCCGCAGAGCCGCCGGAAGAGGAAAUCCCGCCCGCAGGGUCUGCCGUCGCCGGCGCUGUGCUGCGCCUGCGGUCUGUGCAUCAUGCUGGCAGGCAUCAACAUCACGCUGGUGGGAGCCUUCGCCUUCACCACGCUCAUGCCCUCCGGAAACCCGCCCAUCAUCAUCGGACCCAUCCUGUUGCUGGUGGCCUUCACGUUUUUUGGGGCGUGCUGCGUAUGCAGCCGCCUGCCUCCUCCGCAGGGCUCGCGGCGGUCUAAAGGGGGCGCCGGAGGGGGCGGGCUGGGCUUCAUGGGGCGGGGGGCGGGGCUGGGCAGCGGCACGGCGGCGUUCGAGAUCGAAACCAGCGAACACACCAUGCAGGACACUACCGCCGUGCAGCUGAGUCCCACAAACUCGCCCAGCGGCUCCUCGCACGGCUCCGGCGUGGAGCAGGAGGCUAAUGCUAAUGCUAAUUCCAGCAUGGCGGCUAAUGCUUAUGCUAAUUCUAUUAUGGUGGCUAAUGCUAAUGCUAACGAUAACAUUCCGGCUCCAGAUUACAAUACACCAUCUAGAUCCUGCAAACUCUUCACAAUGGAGACCAACGGCCCAAAUUCGGUUUCGGUUUCAGCUUCGGCCACGUUUUCGUCCUCCACCGGCGGUGGAGGAGCGGUCCGGCUGACUUUACCUUCAGAUAGCAUGGCUACUUAGCAUUGCUCUCUUUGCUAAUAUUGAGUUUUUGGCAGAAAUGCUUACAAUUCACAACGCAGUACGCUAGAAUUGACGUUAAUAUGUUGCGUCAAUGCGUUGAUGUCAGUAGUCGUUCCUUGGCUCCUUGAACUGGCUCCCUGAAUUUAAAGUUGAAUUUGACGUUGACGUUGAAGCUAACGAGGCCAUGCUAGCUUAGAGAGCUAAGAGAGCCUGUAUGUACAUACUCUAUGUAUGUAGACUACAGGACAAUGUGGAAUAUGGUUGGGUAGCAUAGUGGCUAACACAACAUAGGAAGUUGGAAAGUUUGGAAAGUUUCCUACACCAAUGUGCUGCUUAAAUGCCUUGAAUGAAAUGCACUAUAUGGACUAAAGUAUUGGGGCACCCAUUGGUUCACAUUGGUUCUUCUCUUCUGGAGAUUUGAAGAAUUGAAGACCGAAGAUUUCUACAAAUUCUACUAGAUUUUGGAGCAUUGCUGUGAGAAUAUGAUUGAUUCGUUGACAAGAUACGCGUAAGUGAGGUCAGGAUGUUGGAUGCUCACCAAUGGUCUAUACCCUAUUAGCCCACACCAUACACUGGAAUAUACAUUAUUAGCCACGAUCCCAUUGGUUUAUGUUUAUUUAUCUUCUCCAGUAUAGUCCUCUUCUAUUGGCAGCUCUUCUGUACUACAUGGACUAAACAAACUGUAAAAAGUGUGUGUUUUUGUUCGUUUGCAUGUCUUGGGUGUCCCCAAACUUUUGGAAAUAUAGUGUAUUCUCGUAGAUUUUAAAUAGGAUUGAGCCACUUUGCGCCACAUUGCCAACAAAACGUGCCGAUUGGCGUAAAUGAAGAUGAAGACACUGGCACUUUGCAUUGGAACCGGUCAAUGUGGAGCUCUACCAAGGUUCCUCCGAGGUUCAGCUGAGUUUUCCCAAGGUUCCACCAAGGAUAAUAGCUGCGUUGUGUGUGAGAACAUAUUUACAAGGUUUUUCCAGCGCAGAUGGAUGAGCUGCAGAAGGUGAAAUUUCUGUGCCCGGCUUCGCAUGCCAACGCUGUGCCACUGUUACUCACAUUAUUCACAGUUAUGGCGCCGCGACGAGCUGGGAGCGAGCUGUUACUCAAGACUCAGAGCAGAUCAGCUUUAGGAGAUCGUUAUUUUCCUCGUAAUGUUGUACAGUUUCACCGUUUCACAGUUUUAAGUCCUGCCGGUGUUUAAAUUGAUGAAUUGUCCUGUAGUGUAGUGUUACUGUCGAUCGUACGUGUGUUUUUGAUUAAUAUGCUCGAUGUUGAAAUCUUAAAUAAGCCGCGACACUGUGUGAAAAGCACUGCCGUUUUAUAAAGAAAUGAUAUAAACUGAACUUUAGCACUACAGUAGCUACAAAAUCGGAUGAGUGGAUGGCAAAAAAAAACGUAUAAUUAAGUUACUCGACAAUGUGAGUGAUUUUUCCCAGCUAGCCAAUGAAAUAGCCAUUGAAAAUAUAAUAUAUUAAUGAACUAAGGAGAGUUGCUAUAGCAUUUAAUAUUUUUGUAAUACUGAUUAUUAACACACUCUAAAAAUUGCUGGGUUAAAAAAUGUAGCCAACUUUAAAGAUAAAGCCAGCAGCUAACCCACACAUAGUUGAGGAAAUAACCAAACAGAAAUGCUAAUGUAGAAGCUAAACUAUUCAAAACUGUAAAUUAUCCAACAAAACAUGCUAGCCCGAAAGCUAUCCUACACAGAACUGAGGAAAUAACUGUAAGAACAUGAUAAAUGAGAGGUUAACCUACCUAGAUCUGUAAAAUAAGCCCAACAAAACAUGCUAACCCAAAAAUGCUAAUCCCAAAGCUAACCUAUACAGAACUGUGUAGAUAAUCUGUGAAAAAUGCCAAUCUAUAUAUAAAAAAAUGCUAAUCCAGCAGCUAACCUACAGAUAAUAAUACAGAUAAAUAACUAAACAGAACAUGCUAAUUUAGUAGUUAACCUGCCUAUAUAUCUGGAAAUAACCAACUGAAACUAAUCCAGUGGCUGAUCCAGUACCCAACAAUUAUGUAAAUUACCCCAAAAAUAUGAUAAUCCAGUUGCUAACCUACAUGAAACUGUGCAGGUUAAUCUGGACAAAAUGCUAAUCCAGAUUAUACUUUAACAGAACUGUGUUAAAAAAUAAACAAAACUAAUUAACCCACAUAAAACAUUUAUUCCAGAGGCUAAUCUACACAGAAGUGCAAAUACCCCAACAAAACAUGCUAAUCUGAAAGCUAACCUAUCCAGAACCGUUUAUAAAGCCCAUCAAAACAUGCUAAUCCAGUUUAAAAUUUACACAGAAAUGAGUAGAUAAUCAGUGAACAUGCUAAUCUAGAUGCUAACCUAACCAGAAUUGUGUAAAUAACCAUACAGAACAUGCUAAACCAGAGGCUAAUCUACACAUAUGUGCAAAUACCCCACCAAAACAUGCUAAUCCGGAAGCUAACCCAGCCAUAACUGUGUAAAUAACCCUACAAAACAUGCUAAUCUAGAUGCUAACCUAGCCAGAACUUUGUACAUAGCCCUACAAAACAUACUAAUCCAGAGGCUAACCUACACAGAUGUGCAAAUACCCCAACAAAACCUGCUAAUGCUGACGCUAACCCACACAGAACUGUGAAGGUAAACAUUCUAAUCUAGAUGCUAAUCUAGCCAGAACUCUGUGAAUAGCCAAUCAAAACAUGGUAAUCCGUUUAAUUUACACAGAAAUGUGUAAAUAAUCUGUGAACAUGGUAAUCAUCUACACAGAUGUGCAAAUACCCCACCAAAACAUGCUAAUCCAUAGGCUAACCUACACAAAUGUGCAAAUACCCCACCAACACAUGCUAAUCUGGACGCUAACCUACCCAGAACUGUGUAAAUAGCCCAUCAAAACAUGCUAAUCCAGUUUAUAACCCAAAAGACACUGUGUAGAUAAUCUGUGAACAUGCUAAUCCUAAAGCUAGCCAGCCCAGAACUGUGUUAAUUGCCCAUCAAACCAUGCUAAUCCAGUUUCUAAUCAACACAGAACUGUGUAUGUAAUCUGUAAACAUGCUAAUCUGUAUGCUAACCUAGCCAUAACUGUGUAAAUAACCCUAAAAACAUGCUAACUCAGUUUAUAACCCAAACAGAACUGUGUAGGUAUUCUGUGAACAUGCUAAUCUAGAUGCUAACCUUGCCAAAACUGUGAAAAUAAUCCACCAAAAUGUAUUAAUUUAGAGGUUAACCUACACAGAACUGUGUAAAUAACUCUACAAAACAUGCUAAUCCAGAGGCUAACCCACAAAAAUCGAUGGAAAAGACCGACUUAAAUUAAUUAACCCAACAAAAGACGCAAGUAUUGAGUAGAAAAGACAACCCAGCAGUUUUUAAAGUGUGAUUAAGACAUUAUUUAGGAGCUGGAAGCCAAUCGAACUGAAAUCAGAAGUAGCCUUGGAGGUGUUUUCUUUACUUGACUUCUUUUUUUCUUUUUUUUUUUGUGAAUACUGCCAAAUAAAACGCUGUAACUUCGCUCCUCCCUGAUGGAUAAGGGCUGUGCACUCUCUGUUAAUCUGUAGACGCUUGGUGUGAUGAUGUUUUAUGGCGAUGUUCAUCAUUAUUUCACAGCUUUUGAUUCGUUAGAUUUUUUUAUUUCCACAGUCGAUUUAAUUCAGAUUCCCCUGUUUUGUCGUUUUUCGCUCUUUAAGUCUUGUUUUGUGAAUUCCUCUCACCGCCGCCGGCAACCUUCCCCCACACUUUGAUCUAAACCCAGCCGAGCCGUGGUGAAAGGGCACGAGGGGAGAUACCAUCGCCUCAUUACCGCCAUUCUUCACCACUGAUACGCCGGUUAAUGGAAAAUAGCUGUAAAUCAUCACUGUUAGAGGAAAACCUCGUAAAUCAAAAUUAGAUCUCAGUUCAAGGGCUGCGGUAAAGAGCCUGAUUCAUCUGUUAUUCCACACUGAGGUCCACUUUCUGAAACAAAAACAGUCUUUUGUUUAUUCACAAUUAGCAAUACCAUAGCAACCACCCUGGACAUAUUAGUAAUCACUUAGCAAACAUUAUAGCAGCCAGCUUGAAAUCACCUAGCACAGCAUCUAGCAACUGCUUGGCAAUGACCUAGCAGACACACUGCAACAGCAACACCAUAGCAACCACCUUAGACACCUUAGCUACCAGCUAGCAUCACCUAGCAAACCAAGUAGCAACUGCUUGCCAAUGACCUAGUAGCCACAUUGCAAAACCAUAGCAACCACCGUGGACACCUUAGCUGCCAGCUGGCAACACCAUAGGAGCCAGCCUGCAGUCUCCUAGCAAACAAUGACCUAGCAGACACAUUGCAAAACCACAGCAACCACCUUGGACACCUUAUCUGCUAGCAUCCUGGACAUAUUAGUAAUCAGUUAGCAACACUAUAGCAGCCAGCUUGCAACCACCUAGCAAACCAGCUAGCAACUGCUAGGCAAUGACCUAGAAACCACAUUCAAAACCAUAGCGACCACCUUGGACAUAUUACCAAUCACUUUGCAACACCUUAGCAACCAGCUUGCAAUCUCCUAGCAAACCAGCUAGCAACUGCUUGGCAGUGACCUAGCAGCCACAUUUUGCUAUAGUGUUGCUAAGUGAUUGCUAAUAUGUCCAGGGUGUUGUUAGCUGGUAGCUAAGGUGUCCAAGGUGGUUGCUAUGGUUUGGCAAUGUCGCUGCAAGGGCAUUGCCAAGCAGUCGCUAGAUGGUUGCAAGCUGGCUGCUAUAAUGUUUGCUAAGUGACUACUAAAAUAUUCAAGGUGGUUGCUAUGGUGUUGCCAAGCGGUUGCUAGCUGGUAGCUAAGGUGUCCAAGGUGGUUGCCAUGGUUUUGCAAUGUGGUUUCUAGGUCAUUGCCAAGCAGUUGCUAGCUAGUUUGCUAGGAGGUUGCAAGCUGGCUGCUAUGGUGUUGCAAUCACUUAACAACACCAUAUCAAGCAGGCAACCACCUAGCAAACCAGCAAGCAACAACUUGGCAACACCAUAGCAGCCACCUGGGUCACCACAGCAACCCCCUAGCAACGUAGGCCAUAUGAGCACUUUAAUUAUUUUUUUCAUUCUAGGUUUUCUUUUAAGAGUGAUGAAAUACUGAUCGAAGCACAAGCAGCAUGAUAUAUAGUUAACGCCAAAAGUGUUGGGACCCCAGAAGUUUUCCCAGAAAAUUAUAGCAAUUAUACAUGUUUUGUUAUAUGUUUAUUUCCUUUGUGUGUAUUGGAGCAACACAAAAAAAAACUGAGAAAAAAAAGCAAAAAUUAGGUCCUGGGUCUCCUUUCAUAGAAUUGCAAUUUAUUCAAAUGUCGACUGAGAGUUUAUUUAUUUGUUUAAUAAUUUAUUUAAACCCUGAUUGGAGAUGCCUUUCAAAAUUAUACCUUUAAAUUUGUUUUGUUUCUGUCCACGUCCCGGGGGGGAGCUACAGUUUCAUAAGUUAUAUUCUUGUGUAACCUUGAUAUUUGUCCACAACUUUAGUUCUCAAGUCUUUGCUCUAUUCUUCAUGCUCCAUGCUAAGGUGUGAUGUUACUCACCUGCCACAGGUGAGUUUAAACGAGUUUAACGAGCAUCACAUGCUUGAUACUAUUCCUUUGUAAUUACGUGUGAAAUUAGUUCAAAUUUGCAUUUUCAUCCCCCUACUUUUUGUGUUUUUUUCCAAUACACACAAAGCACAUAAACAAGUGUAUACUAAAAUACUAUAUA